CCGCCACUUCGGCACGGAACUUUUCGCUGCCAAUCCAUCGCUUCCAAUUACCAAGGUCGAGACUGCAGCGCCGCCUGGCCGAGAUCCCAAGUCGAACGACCAGUCUCGGACAAACACCUCAACCCACUCGAUCCCGGCCACAUCCACCCCAAUGGCGUCCCGGAGACUUGCUCUGAACCUGUCGCAGGGCCUUCGCGGCCGGGCUGGCCUCUCGCUGCCUAUGCGACGAGGCUUUGCCUCCCCGGUGCCCUCACCAAGCAGCACCCAGACCACCACGCUGAAAAAUGGCCUCACGGUCGCCACCCAGUACUCCCCAUACGCACAAACGUCGACCGUUGGCGUGUGGAUAGACGCCGGCUCCAGGGCAGAGACCAAGGAGACCAACGGCACCGCACACUUCCUCGAGCACCUGGCCUUCAAGGGCACCACCCGCCGGACACAGCAGCAGCUCGAGCUGGAGAUCGAGAACAUGGGCGCCCACCUCAACGCCUACACCUCGCGCGAGAACACCGUCUACUUCGCCAAGUCGCUGAACGAGGAUGUGCCCAAGUGCGUCGACAUCCUGGCCGACAUCCUGCAGAACUCCAAGCUCGAGGAGUCUGCCAUUGAGCGCGAGCGCGACGUCAUCCUGCGCGAGUCGGAGGAGGUCGAGAAGCAGCUCGAGGAGGUUGUCUUCGACCACCUGCACGCCACUGCCUACCAGCACCAGCCCCUGGGCCGCACCAUCCUAGGCCCCCGCGAGAACAUCCGUGACAUCACCCGCACCGAGCUGGCCAACUACAUCAAGCACAACUACACGGCCGGCCGCAUGGUCCUCGCUGCCGCCGGUGGCGUGCCCCACGAGAAGCUCGUCGAGAUGGCCGAGAAGCACUUUGCCGGCCUGCCCGAUAGCUCCAUCCAGUCGGGCUCCCAGAUCCUGACCAAGGCCAAGCCCGAUUUCAUCGGCUCCGAUGUCCGUGUUCGCGACGACACCAUCCCGACCGCCAACAUCGCCAUUGCAGUUGAGGGCGUGAGCUGGAGCGACGACGACUACUUCACUGCCCUGGUCACCCAGGCCAUUGUCGGCAACUACGACAAGGCCAUGGGCAACGCACCCCACCAGGGCAGCAAGCUUUCUGGCUUUGUGCACUCCAACGACCUGGCAAACUCGUUCAUGAGCUUUUCUACCAGCUAUAGCGAUACUGGCCUUUGGGGUAUCUACCUGGUUACGGACAAACUCACGCAGAUCGACGACCUCGUCCACUUCACCCUGCGCGAGUGGUCUCGUCUAUCGCAGAGCGUCACUGAGGCCGAGGUUGAGCGUGCAAAGGCUCAGCUCAAGGCGUCGAUCCUUCUAUCCCUGGACGGCACCACGGCCGUCGCUGAGGACAUUGGCCGUCAGAUCGUCACCACCGGCCGCCGUACGAGCCCGGCCGAGAUCGAGCGUAUUAUUGACGGCAUCACGGAGAAGGACGUCAUGUCCUUUGCCCAGCGCAAGCUUUGGGACCAGGAUGUUGCCGUCAGUGCCGUUGGCAGCGUCGAGGGCCUCUUUGACUACGCAAGGAUUCGCGCCGACAUGAGCCGCAACUUUUAGUUUUGUUUGACUGUCACGGGCUCGGCUGCCCAACAAGUCGCCGGAAACGGUGCGUUGCGAGGGAUGUGGCCGGGGUCGACUGGGAUGGAUCACUGUACUAAUAUUUGUGAGUCUCGACGCCGGCGCUGGGUGACUUUGACGGCGGAGGUGUGGCUGUUUAGAUAUAGAGCAAUCAAAUGGCCCUGUCUCGGCCAAGCUUCUGCUUUCUCACGCCACGAAGCCGCCACCGUCUUCCUCAA